AUGGCGGCGAAACUCGCAAGUUUUUACAACAAAAUUAUAGCUCGGCCGUAUGUCAAGGGGCUUUUCCUUUUAAUAAUAGCCGUGAUAUUGUUCCUGUUACUACGCCAGUCAACAACACACUCUGUCAUAAACACAUGCGGAGAAACUUCUAAAGAUUCAUCCGUAGAAACCCCUCCUAAAGAUUCAUCCGUAGAAACCCCUCCUAAAGAUUCAUCCGUAGAAACCCCUUCUUCUAAUGAUCCAUCCAUAGAAACCCCUCCUUCGAAUGGUUCAUCCAUAGAAAUCCCUCAUAAAGACCCGUAUGAAGAAGCAAUUAAACACUUUUCUCCCUUUACCUCCGAAUAUUCUCUUGCGACAUGUUCUAGUUUACCCAAAAAUACCCAUACCCAACCCAGAACAUUCAAAGCGUACGGUCCGCCCGGAAGAGAACUUUCUAUACUUCAUUGGCGCUAUUACUCUAUUCCGACUGCAGAAAAAAUGAACUGGCAUAAGAUGUCAAAAGAAUUAUGCCCCUAUCCGCCAGAAUUGGUUCCAUUCUUUAAAACAUUGUAUAGCCAAUUCGCAGCGAGCUACAGUCCCAAAGUCGAUGAAUGGCCAAUUGGAUAUGCUCCGUGUUUACUUUGGUAUUAUCAUUCAAAGAAUCAAAGAGUCACUUGCAAAAAUGGUCAAUCGUACCAUAUUCAUGCCAAUUAUACCCUCUGGCGAGAGGCAGACGUUAUUUACAUGGAUUAUCCAUUUCUCUUCCAUCAAGAAGAAGCACCCCCAUUCUUUCACACGGCUCAAAUGCCUCCCAGACGUUCAAACCAGGCAUGGUGGAUGAAUUUCCCUGAUGAAGGGUUGGGAUAUUACCCGUUUGUUGGGUUAGACACUUUGAGAAAUAUGUUUGAUUUAACUAUGGGUGCGCCUGGCGAUAUCUUUGAUAUAUUUAAGCCGACCUAUCCAAUCAACAAAACUAGUGUGUUUUAUAAUACGCGUGUAAAAUUUGAGAAUAAACGCAAUGACGUAUUAUUUGCGUGGAUGGCUGGUAAUUGCUAUGCAAAAAAUAAGCGUGAGGAUUAUGUCCGGGAACUAAUGAACCAUGUAAAAGUCCAUUCAUACGGUACCUGUCUGCAUAAUCAAGAUACUCCGGAUGAGAUACUGAAGAAAUACGGAUUGAAAACGGGAUCGGCCCCGGCUUAUUGGGCAGACAAUAUGUAUAAAGUUAAGAGAGACAUACUCUCUCCAUAUAAGUUUAUUCUUGCGUUUGAAAACUCUAAUUGUGAAGGAUAUGUGACGGAAAAAGUGUACGAUCCAUUCUUGGUGGAUGCUAUUCCUAUAUACAUGGGAGCGUCUGACAUCAAUGAUUAUGUUCCGCCAGGGAGUGUAAUUAAAGUAACGGAUUUUGAGAACAUAACUGCAUUAGUAGAACAUACUGAAAUGAUAGCCAAUAAUAAGACACUAUACGAAAGUUAUCUUGCGUGGAAAAAAGACAAAACACAUAAGAACUUUUGCAAAAAGUGCCGUCGGCUUGAUGAGUCAAACGAAUGUACAUUUUUAAAAAGAGUUGAAUGGGUAAACUGA